AUGGCUGGAAUACAAGAACAAAUGGGUCUUGAAGGUUUAAUGAACCAAGACAUGGACAAAUUAAAUGAAACACAAUGGAAAUCCCUGAAACGUGUCAUGAAUAAUAAUAGUUUUGUUGAAGAAGAAGAAAAUGGGGAUUCCGAUAAUCAAAUUGUAGAACAAGAGAAAGACUCACAAGUAUCACUUACAGAUAGCACAAUGUCUGAUUUGACACGUAUCACUAGAAUACUGGUCUCUUCAUCGGUGAACUUACUAUUACCUUUUAUCAAUGGUAUGAUGUUAGGUUUUGGGGAAUUAGUCGCUCAUGAACUCUGUUGGAGGUACAAUUGGUUCGAUCGCCGUAAUGUUGUUGCGUUCAAGAUAUUCCCGGAGUCCCGCAAGUAUACAGGUCUCACCAAUAACCAGAACCAGAGCCAGAGCCAACUCUCUAACGUCUUAUAA